AUGGAUGAAGAGGAAAAGCUCGAGCCAAUGCCACCACCUCCGGCACCUAAAGCCCAUCCUAUAGCUCUACUACCUUCAACUCAGCCGCAAAAGCCUCAUAAUGUAGUUUUUGAUGACAAUGAGCAUCUGAUACCGCAGUCUCCUCCCAUUCCCCAUACACAUCCACUCGUAGCGCUAAGAGAUGAAAGCGCGCGAAAUGUCAAGCUUCAGCGCGAGGAAGGCGAUAAUAUGACUCGUCAAAGUAAAAGUCGUCAUCAUACAAUCAUAACUGGCAAACGGUUAGAUCCAACUCUCUUAAAUCGCGAUCGAAUUAAGGCGUUGACGGAACAACACGAAGAAGAGUGUGAACCUAGUGCGAAUCCCUUAGCACAUGAAACGGAGCAUUCAAGUCAAGCUAUUGCGUUGCAAUUUCAACAAGAAUUAGAGACGAUGGAGACAAUGCCAAUACCGAUAUCACUAGAAAGAGAAGAGCGAAAUUUGGCAGCUACUGAAGCCAGUGACAGACGUCGCGAACUGGCUCAAGCUGCUGAAAAAGUGGAAAUAGAGAGGAAGGAAGGAAGUGGUAGUGCGUUGAUGCGUGCUAGUGAGAGAAAAGUCAAGAAGCAAUUAAAUGCCAAGUGGGUUCAGUCUCGAGAGGAUCCAGCGAAUCGCCCAAAGGGGCCAUUGGAACGUCCAGAAGAGCAAGAGUUGAGAGAGACGCUGUUUCGGACGACAGCACGAGAUUUGCUGCGGCCGGGAAUUCUGUUUGACGAAUCAGACGCAAUUAAGAACUCGACAUUUCGUCAAUUGAACAAGAUACAGCUACCCGUGGUAACACAUGGUAUAGUUGGUCUGGAGGGCUCUUACUUCGAAAUUGCCUAA